AUGUCGAGGAAGCUUGAUCUCUCACAGUUCAGAGGUGAUUCUUCAGACGAGGAGGAACUGCUCCCCCCGCGGAAGUCGUCUUUGCUCAUCUUCAGGUUGGCCCGGAUUGCGCUGGAGGAGUUCGCGCAGGCGUUUGAAGGAGAGAAGGAGGGACCGGGACGGCGCGCAAAAGGCUUUGUUAAGGCCGGGAACACAGCCGCUUACAAACAGUUCAGUCGAAGUGGUUUGAGUCGCACUUCACCACCGUCCAUCUCUACUCGCCCUAGAGGCAAGAGGGCCAUGGAUACGUUCUUGGAGGAGAUCAAGAGCAAUCAGGAAGGUCGCGAAGCUCGGCUGGGUCGGAUAGCGCAACGGGAAGGCCGCUCUGUCACUUCUCUCGCAGCGUUCGAUGGCCCUGGCGCCAUUCGACAAACGGAGGCAGAGGGCAAUCUGCCGCAGGCAGUUUCGGAGGAUAGUCUCGGAGAGCUAUUCGCCAAGGCUGGGUCGGUGGGCACUGUCAAAAUCAUGUGGCCUCGGGAACAUGACCACCAUAGAUCAAGAGCGGGUUUGACAGGCUUUGUGUGUUUCAUGCAGCGACCAGAUGCCGAGAGGGCAGUGCAGCAGUUCGACGGUUUCGAUUGGAACGGCAACACACUGCGUGUCACAUGGAGCAAGCCCGUUGCAAUUCCCCGGCAAGCUGCAUACGAACCGCGUGACGAGCCAUCUCGAGAUUCGCUGCCCUCUUGGUACGACAACUUGGAGCGCAAGCAGUACUGGAUGGGAUCUCUUGGGAAGGAGCAGCAGGAUUUUCUCGAGGCCGUUGCCAACAGGGUACACGACCAUGGGAAAGGGUUGCUCAACACGCUACGCAACAAUGAACGUAGCAAUCCAAAGCAGAGUGCAGAUUACCAUGUGUUCAACUACUUUCUGGAUGACAGCUACGCAUUCCCCCCAGCUCGGAUCGCCGCGUUCGAGGAUGAGGGGUAUGCUUCGUUUUGCUCGACCGAUUCUGCAGAAGAGAGGGAUCAAAAGGAAUAUGGCAAGGCGUAUCUAGGAAGGCUAGCCCGCCGGCGUUUCGAGGCGAUGCUGCGGGGUAUGACGGGGAAGCGUGUCGAGAUUGCUCGCGCCAUGGAGUUUGCUCUGAAGCACGCUGAGGCCGCCGAUGAAGCUUCACCGUUACCGAACGUUUGGCGCUACCGCCAAGCUUUUGAGAAGCGUUUGAACCACGUUUUCGACCACUUGGCGACUGUUCACAGGAAUCUUUUGGAGCACGCGGGGACUAUUUCAGCCCAUGUGUUCCGGCAACAGGUAGAAGCAGUUCUUGAGCUGUGGGAGCGAUGGUUGCUGCAUGCCGAAAUCACCCUUGCGGAGCUUGAACGACCCACCCCAGCUCCUGUUGUGGACGCUUCCCCACAGAGCCAACGCAAAGGUGCAGGAUUCAAGUCCUCCUUCAAGCGCAUAGGACCUGAAGGGCGGGAUCGGUCUGCGUUUACAGCUGGCGUAGAACAGGAAGACUUAGACGGGGAUGUUAUGGAGGAUGUGGAUGGGGAGUCUAUCAGGGAUGAUGGUGGGGAGUCCUCGGAGGACGUAGACGGAGAGUCCAUGGGGGAUGCAGAUGGAGAGUCCCUCGGAGACAUAGACGCCGAGUGUGCAUAG